AAUUAAAGGCAUAUACAACAACAACAACAACAACAAAAAAGUGUUAAACCAAAUGUUAGUCUAAGCAUAAAGUGUAAAACUAGUUUAAGAAACAAAGUGUUAACCAAGCAAGAGCGCAAGCAAAAGCUAAUCAUUAAAUACACACACACACAGCCCAUACAUACACAUACACACACACACACACAUACACACGCAUCAAUUAACAAGAAAUUGAUCUAAAGACAAAAGAUACGAAAAUAAUAUUCAGACCAAAAAUAAAAACGUGCUGCUAACCGCCGCAGUGCGUUCGUCUAAAAUUUCCUAAUCCCAACCGUUUUUGAUAACUUCGGCAAAAUAGCUAAAUCCAUAUUGCAAUUUCUUAAAAAGAAAAAAUCUCAUCAUAGUUCUUCGUCAACCGGAGGACAACAGCAGCUGCAGCAACAGUCGACCAGUUACGAGGGCGAGGGCGAGGGUGACGAAGGAGGUGCUGGUGGGGGUGGAGGAGGAGGUCUGGAGCAGCAGCAGCAGCAGACGACCACCGCCGGAGCCGCUGGUACCAGUUCCGGCCAACAACAACAACAGCAACAAAAAAAGACAACGGCAGAUACUCCAUUAGAGACAACAGCUUCUGGAACUUCCUCUAGUUCCAAGGACCACGAAGACCAGCAGCAGCAGCAAGCUCAAGUAUCGGCCACAGCCACAUUUCGUUUAUCCUCGCUAACCGGUACCAUAUCGAAAAUGGGUAAUAACGCAACAACAUCCAAUAAGAAAGUCGAUGCCGCCGAGACUGUCAAGGAGUUCCUUGAGCAGGCCAAAGAGGAAUUCGAGGAUAAAUGGCGUCGCAAUCCGACCAAUACCGCUGCCCUCGAUGAUUUCGAACGCAUCAAGACACUGGGCACCGGGUCCUUUGGCCGUGUCAUGAUCGUCCAGCAUAAGCCAACAAAAGACUAUUAUGCCAUGAAGAUACUCGAUAAGCAGAAGGUUGUCAAGCUGAAGCAGGUGGAGCAUACGUUGAACGAGAAACGUAUUCUGCAGGCCAUACAAUUUCCAUUUUUGGUAUCGUUACGCUAUCAUUUCAAGGAUAACUCCAAUUUGUAUAUGGUCCUCGAGUAUGUGCCAGGCGGUGAGAUGUUCUCACAUUUGCGUAAAGUCGGUCGCUUCUCGGAGCCCCAUUCCCGUUUCUAUGCGGCACAAAUUGUCCUGGCGUUUGAGUAUUUGCAUUAUUUGGAUUUAAUCUAUCGAGAUUUGAAGCCCGAGAAUUUGCUAAUCGAUUCGCAGGGUUAUCUCAAGGUCACCGAUUUUGGUUUUGCCAAACGUGUCAAGGGACGCACUUGGACCUUGUGCGGCACCCCAGAGUAUUUGGCACCCGAAAUUAUAUUAUCGAAGGGCUAUAACAAAGCCGUCGAUUGGUGGGCCCUCGGCGUCUUGGUCUAUGAAAUGGCAGCCGGUUAUCCGCCCUUCUUUGCCGAUCAGCCCAUACAGAUCUAUGAGAAAAUUGUCUCUGGCAAAGUACGUUUCCCCUCGCAUUUUGGUUCCGAUUUGAAGGAUCUAUUGCGUAAUCUACUGCAGGUGGAUUUAACUAAACGCUAUGGCAAUCUAAAGGCGGGCGUUAAUGAUAUUAAAAAUCAAAAAUGGUUCGCCUCAACCGAUUGGAUUGCGAUCUUCCAGAAGAAAAUCGAAGCCCCGUUCAUACCGAGGUGUAAAGGUCCCGGCGAUACAAGCAAUUUCGAUGACUAUGAGGAGGAGGCGCUGCGAAUUUCCAGCACUGAAAAAUGCGCCAAGGAGUUUGCUGAAUUCUAAUAGAACAAAACCCACACACACACACACAUACACACUAACACACAUACAUACACUUGUUGUCCAAAUACAAAAUACAAUUUCAAAUACAAGAAAAACGAAAAAGAAAAACAAUUUCAAUGAAUCCAAAAUCAAAGUUGAAGUCGAAAUCGUCACCGUCGUCGUCGUCGUUGUCGUCGUCGUCGUCGUCUUUUAGUCGUCGUCUCGUCUAUAUGUCUACAACUUACAACAACAACUGCAACUGCAACUACAACUACUAUUCUGCUAAAACUACAACAACAACUACUUUUGUCUAGCUGGGCAUAUAUAUAUAUAUAUUGCUAUAUAUAUAUUCCGCAUCUAUAACUCUAAUUAAAUUGGAUUUAUCAUCACAAAACCCAUCUCAUCAUUAAUAUUAAUCAUCAACAACAACAGCAACAAAUCAUUUGAAUGUAAGUACACUGCAAAAAAAAACAACAAAAAUUUCAAUUGAAGUAAGAAAAAUAAGUUAAAAUUAUCUAUCGAUGAGAUCUUUUCCUUUUAUUUUGUAUUUGUUGAAAUGUAAAAGAAAACUGCAGCAGUUGUAGCUUAAUGCAUAUAAGAUCUGUUUAUUUUGUAAUAUAUUCUAUAAACUUAGCUUUUAUUAUUUAAUUUAUGUCAUAAGUAAUAAAUAUGAAAUCACUGUCAUAGUAUAUAUAUAUUGGAA